AUGGAUAGUUAUAAGAAGUUCCCUUCGAAACCUAUUGAUAUAUACACUCUAUUUCGAGAUUAUGAUAUUUUACCAAAUGGACUUGGUGACGAGCUACCCGCAGUUACCGUUGAUCACACUUCUAAUCAACUUCAAAAUCCAAAUGCAACUGCAGCAACAGGUUCCAAUACAAUUAAAAGAAAAACUAGAGGACCAACACGAUGCUUGAAAAUCACACAAUUGGAGAAUGGGCAAAAAUUGCCAGUAGAAUUUGAUGAAGAUGAUCAAGCUAUUGGUGAUAAUGCUACUGCAUUUGUUUGGUUUUUAGGACAAACUAUUAGAAGUGUGUCGUGUUGUCCAUUGCAAGUGAAACAAUGGAAUAAGAUUAUCGAUGAUAAGCUCGACCACAUGUGGUCUACCAUAUUGGUACGAAAAUUUAUAUUAAAUUACAUCCAUUAUAAAAUGAUUAUAAUUUUUUUAGUUCUAUUAAGUAUCAUAAUCUUUGUUUCUUACUUCUUUGCUAAAAAGAAAAGUUCACUUUUGAGUAUUCUGAUGCAAGAAAGGGAACAAUUUUCAGUCAUAUGA